AUGUACCCAAAGAACCCAGCUCAUCGCGAUGAGAUCUUACACGGGUGCGCCCUGACCCCGGACGGCGUCGCCCGCCUCGCGCGCAUCGGGCGCGACGAGACCUUUGCCCGCUGCGUGCGCCUCAUCACCUUCCAGGCCCUACCCACCUACACCGCCUUCGCCCUCGAGGUCGACCACUCCAACACCACCGUCUCCCAGAUCCACCCGGACCUCGCCUACCUGCCCCGCGAGUACCUCUGCGCCUUUUGGCCCCCGGCCUACCACACCCUCCGCCUGCUCGUCCGCGCCAUCCUCCAGAGCCGUAUCCGCGCCGAGAGGUUCCAUGUCAAGUUCCAGCAGUGGGCGCGCUGGUACGUCGACCUCUACCUCUUGCACACCAUCGUCACCGGCCUCCCUGUGGAGAAGCUUGCCUUCUCCUACAGCAAUCUCCGGUCCCUCACCAUCGCCAUUGGCCACGCUGGCCGCUAUCUCGGCGCCCACGAGUCUUAUUUUCGCGGCCUCGCCGCCGCCACCUCGACUUUUCCCGGGCCGGACCCCAACCCGGGUCUUCGCCACUUUCUCACGCACUGCGCGCACUGCCUCGAAGAGAUGGAGCUGCACUGGGGCGUCGCUGCGAGGACCCAUGACAAGAACCCUCCCGGCGAAGGCGGCCGCGCGUUUGCCGAGAUGAUUGGUCUCGGUUUCCCGCCCUCCGGCGUUGCGCCAUCUCUGGGUUUUCCUUAG